AUGAAGGUCUUCUUGCCUAUCGUAGCCCUCGCUGGGCUUGGCUUAGCCGCAGACAUGAACGUCUGGGAUCUUGAUGACUCUUGCCAAACACCCGAACGCAAAGGUGCCUUUGACAAGGCGUACAGCGAUGCAGAAGUUCUAGCAGUCAAAGCUCAAGAGGACCUUGAGAAGCUCAAAGGCGCGCGUCCAGACUUUGUAUCAAACAUGCGAACCAACUGGGACCGUAUCGCAAGGGCUGCGACUAACAUGUUUGGCUUUGUGCCGAAUAAAGAUGGCCAUGAUCCUGCUGAGGAGCAUUACUCGAACGUUAGGUAUGUUUAUGAUCGUAUGGUCAAGACCCUUCACAACGAUGAGAUGAUUCCAGCCAAUGGCUACGGCGGACUCAAGCCUCUUCUUCUGUGCGACGAAAGCAAAUUCGUCUGGGUCGGAAGAGACGACAAGGAUCCUCACGAUCCAGCAGGAAGGCCGCUUCGCGAGUCCAGACCCAAGGAGAUGGGAGAUUCAAAAGCCGGAGCUUGGGUCUACAAGAAAAGGUACCUCGUAAAUGGCGUCAAGCAAUCCAACACAGGACUCUGCAGACCAGGCGUGUUCGCCGUCACGCUUACCCGCAACGACUUCAUCAUCUUUUGUCCGCCAUCAUUCCAAGACCCGGUGGCUGGUACAAGAUCCGCUGUUGAUGCUAAAGACAGCGUUCAGAAAGACGAUAUGUUGGAUACGUACUCUGCUACUAGCCUUUCUCGAGUCAUGGUCCAUGAGCUUGCCCAUUGGUUUGGCGGUGAUGGAAAUGGUGGAACCGAGAACCGCAAUAUCCCUGAUCAACAAGCUGUCGGAAAGGAGGGAGCUCUCGUCUGGCAAAAGCCCGAUGGCAAACGCACCACUGACGCGUCUCUCAAGGACCUCAAGAGAUAUCUUACAUACCACUUUAUGUGGGUUUCCAACUUGGCGCGCUCUCACGAGGGCGCUAACGCAGGAAAUUCUGGCCCGAGCAAAGCCACUUUUACGGCUGAAUCAUAUGCUCUCUUCGCUUUAAUGUCCUACAUGGAUAACUGGGAUUGGGCUAAUGAUGGGAAGGCAAAGGCGUUUGUUGAUGAAAUGAUCCCAUAUGAGAGACUUCCCAACAGUAAGAAGGUUCGUUUGGGCUAG